GAAGGUUUGCGAGCAGCGACUACAGCAGCUAGUCGCUGCACGUCAUAACAUGAACCCAUUCACGCCCUCAGCAGAUAGGUGCGAAACUCAGGUGAUGACAGUGCUCGUCUCGAGACUCGGCAACAGGAGCACGUCGUCAGCGGCAGCACCGGGCACGGAAGCUGCGCGUCUUUUCGCAAAGCCGAGUUUUGCCUUUUUGCCGAUUGGGGCGGCAGCUCGGACUACUGCCGCGGGCAGGCCAACUGGAGACUUCGCCAACGCCAAUAUGGGUGCCGCUGGUGGUUCUACCCCGGCGGGACUGGCGUCACAGGGUCCAGCUGUGAUGCCACAGGCAGCUGUCGCCAGGCCAUCUGCAGACCAAGCCAAGGCCAACGUGGUCGCAGCUACUCGUGCUGCCUCGUUGGGCGCGUCGUCCGUGACUCCAGUUGUGACAGUUAAACGACCUUCCGUGCUGCCUCCACCAGCGCCAGCUCCGCAGCCGGGGACAUCGCCGAAGAUACAGCCACCAACUGGUCCACUGCCACAAUCGCAAGCGCCAGCUACUCCAGGCGCUGCUGCCCGAGGCUUUGGCGCUACCACGGCCGCAGGUCAAGCUGCUUCUGCUGCUGGUCCCGUUGGCAGUGGUCCUCCCGCCUCCGGCGCAGUUGCAAUCGCGUCCCCGGCCAGCCCUGCUCCCGUGACCAUAGGCUCGGCCUCCAUGCCCGCUGCAACCUCUGCGAGUGGUGCUGCUUCUAUGGUAGGCUUCAGCGCCGGGUCCCCUUUCUCCCCCAUCCUGGAGUCAGAGCUGUUCGCUGACUCGGAGUCUGGGGAGGAGCCGGAGUACGAGCUCUCGGAUACCACCAUCCUGGAUGUCAAUCCGUGCCUGCUCCUGCCUUUAUCGGGAUGCAACUUCCUUCUGAUAGUCGCGUCGGUGAUUUUCUUCCUCGGCGCCCUGUACGCGUACUUCGACCAGGAGUCAACACCUGCUUCGAGUUCAACCAACACGUGGCUCGUUUAUCUGUUCCUACACCUGGAGACAGUGUUCAUGGUGGUCUCGCUCAUUGUCUUCCUCGUCGCCUCCGUCGGCUUCCUGGGAGCGCUGCGCGAAAACGUCGUGCUGCUUGACAUGUACACCACGUUGCACGGCUCGUUCAUCACCGCGGAACUUGUCUUCACUUUCAUAGUCUUCUUCCUGCCGGUCAUCGGUCGCGAAUUUGUGCUCUCCCACAUCACGACAGAGCUGAUUGUCCACUACCGAGACAACCCGGAUUAUCAAAGCGUACGGUCCUCCGCCUCGUCCCCUAACAAAUAACAAAGAAAAAGAUUUUUAAAAAUGUGGUAUUGAAACUUGCGCGAUUGGAGUUGGUGAGAAAACGCAGACGAGAUGAACGUAAGGAGGGUGCACGGUGUAAGUGCGACCUAGCAGCUGUUGUGUUGCAAAUGUGUUCCCCAAAGCAACGCUGUGAACAGGCAAUAUACUGAAUGAAGCAUAUUAAGAUAAAGUGGUCUAGCGAAAGCUGAAAGCGCCCAUGUCAUGCGCCUGGCAGUCAAACUGACCACUGUACAAAAUAUAUCUCAAGCCAAAACUAAAAACAAGAUAUACACGAGUUUUGUCGUCAGCGUCUUGUAGCCGCCGCGAGUGUCGUGAGUGCCUACAAAUAACACUUUAAAGGGUGGGUUCGCACAAACACGAAAUAAAUUACUGCUACCGAUCCGCCAAUCAAACAUCAAGGUGCAUCUGUGUCAGGAUUAUAAUGGCAUGGGAAAUGAAAUAUGCGGACUACAACACUCCAUUUUCCUGACUGUACGUUCCCAACCAAAGUUUAACACCUAGCCCUGUAAUUAAUAGCUCCCUGUAGGCAAGUUGUCUGUGAAAAGCAGCGAGACUUGAACAAAAACGGAUAGAAAAAACAUUGAAAGAGCGCUGAUUCCCAGCGGUCGCUUUAUUGAAAACGCGUGAAGUUAUAUAGAUACGAGAUAAAAUCCACAUAAAAAAUGGCAAAAAAAAAGAAAAAUCAUCUCUCGGGUGAGUCCCGUUGCCCUGCCGCACUUUUUUGUGAAUCACUAUGACCGGCUUACGAGCGAACGAAUCCAUUAAAAGGCAAUGUUUAAGAGCCGAAGUGAAAUUCCCAGCAGAAUUUCUGAUUUUACUCCGUUGUCCAUUCUUCGGCGAAUGUUAGCUUUCUGUUAACUUAAGCCAGCAUGUCCAGUGACAACGCUGCCAAGCUCCUAUUAGGCAUCCUACAGAGCUUGUACAGUGCUUGAUACUGUUUUCGUUUGGCAAUUCAAGCUUU